UUUUGCGAAUGUACGAGGAUGGCGCCGAGCUGGUGGAAAUAUGCUUCAAGAAAUGUUUAAAUCGUUGUCUAUAAGCAAAUAGAAUAUUCAUAUGUCCUUACAAAUGACAUUAUACGUGCGUGACAGCAUGGAUGUGAGAUCCUGAACUUCGAUCUAUAGUUUUUGGAUCAUCUUUCGCCUGUUGUCGCUUGCUUGCUACCACAGAAACGGGUAUUGUUCACGAGAACUGACUGAAAAAUGGAGGAUCAUUUAAUGGAUGAACUCUAUGGUGAUCUGGAUGACAAACCAUCUGGUACUUAUGUACAACAUGAUGAGGACUCAAUGGACAUAUACUCUGGGUUGGAGAACAGCCCUAAGAGUUAUGGGCACAGAGGUAAAGUCAAUCCUUUUCUUUCCCCAUGUACAAUGGAAUCAAUGGAUAUGUAUGAAGAAAUCAUCAGGGAAGAACAAGAAGAAAAGGAGGCAACGUACAGUGAGUUGAAACAAAAAUUUGAUGAAGCACAAAACCAGGUUAAAGAAUUGUUCUCAAAGUUACAGCUACUGCAGACAAAGAAUUCAAGUUUGAACACUGAAAACACACUUCUGAAGAAGAACAUCUGUUCUCUCAUCAAGACGGCUAGAAUGGAGAUUGUACGUAAAGAUGAGGAGAUUAGCAGACUCAGCAAUAGGUUCGGUCGAGGAAGCUAUGGUCAAAAUUUCCGCCGAUCUGAAAUGGAAAGUGGUCAGACAAACUCAAGGCACUGUUUGAUCAAUGCUACCAGUUCUCUUUCAGAAUCUAGAGAAUGUGGACAAGACAAGGUUAUAAAGGAAGUACAUCAGCACAAGAGAAACACUGUGCCGGGUCACUGUGCUUUUCCAGCAGCAACAUCAGCUGUAGCAUCACAAUCUUUUGAGGUACUCUUGAGGUGCCCAAGAACUGAUCUUGAAAGUCCUUUGCCUUGUCAGAAAAAAAACGAUUCUGCUAUAUCUGACAGUAAGACUGUCACUGUUCAACCAGAGCACGAGGUUGGACAUGUCCAUCCUAACAAAACAUCGGGGAGUAUAAAAGAUCACACCACGUCCACAGUGACAAAUGUUUCAAACUCUCAUAAAUCGUACAACUCUAGAUCGAAUGUUGCUGAUACAAAUUCUGACAGUGGUAUUAGUAGCUUGGAGGACAAUAAGAAUUAUUCUUCAAAACGGGUAGACAAGCCAGAAAAGUCCCAAAAACGCAAAAACCAUGACAAAGAGUGUAACUCACAGGAGAUGGACCUGUUGCAAAGAUCUCAGAACAGAGUGGAUGGCAACUUGAGCCAGUCUGGAAGAACUGAAAGACAGCUGACAAAAGAUAGCUGUAUGUAUAUUGAAAACAAGAAUCAGCAACCUGAGGUUCCAGUCAUUCUUAGAAGUUCCGAACGAUCUAAAAGCCCUUCCUUCCAGUCGCACAAAACCUUGCCAUCUGAAGUCUCUUCCCAGUCAUCCAAAAGUUCAGUGAAGACUGCUGCAGAUAUGGAGACACAGGGUCAAGAGUACAUGCAUAAUCAAUUUCAAGACAGAACAAGCAGUGGAACAAGACAGUCUGGAUGGAGGAGUACAGCUUGUGCUGUGGUGGAUGAUGCUAGCCAUUCCCAAAACCACAAAAUGGAAAAAAGAAAUGCAAGUGGCCAUCAAAGGAGAGAGGAGAAAAGCCAACGGGAGAGUUCCAGUGCAGAGAGGAGGAGCGCUAGAACUGAAAGAUGCAGAGAGCAUGAGCUAAAGAAGCAAAAAGAUAGUGACAGGAGUAAAAAACAUCAGGGCAACAGAUGCAGUAGAGAAAGAAGCAACAGGUCAGACGGCAACAAAGAGUAUAAGCGAAGGAGUGCAAAGGAGGCAGAUUAUAAACAUAAAAGAUGUAGAGAAUGGAGAUCUAGGAAACAAGUUGAUGCCUCAGACAGUAGGCAUGCUAUUUCUUCUCCCAAGUGUGAUUCUAAAAGAAAGGAUAUUUGUAAGGGAAGAGCAUCAGGAAGAAUCGAGGAGCCAUUGUUAAACAGCAAAAAGUCUCAUAGCCAUGAAAAUUCUAGAAAGAUGGAAGAUUCUAUAUGCCCUGUCAAAAAUGCAAGUGCUGAAAAGGAUUAUAGUAGAGGAAAGGGUGUAGGCAAGGACAGGAAACGAAAGGAAGAGGAGCGUAUGGUACAAAAGGAUGGAAAAUCUAAAAAUGUAGCUCUUACCAAAGGUGACAUAAAGAACCAUUCUCCAGUAAAGCACAAAAUUGUCAGAGAAGGUAAACAUAGUAAGAAUGUUCAGGACACACAUCUUGAAUCUGUUCAUACACAAUCACCAUCAACUUUAGCGAUCAGUAAGGGUCCGUGCAAAUCAAAUGAGGAUAAUAGUGCAGACAGAAAACUGACUUUCAUGGAAACACUGAACCUCACCUUAUCACCUCUUAAAAAGCAGAGGCCGCCCUCUGAUCCUAUGGAACCUACUGGAGCAACUUCUGAAGAAGCCUCGCCUGAUAAUAGCAGAUUAUCUGAGUUUGGAAAGGAUUUCAUUGUUAUAGAUCAACUAAAAAACAGCCAAAAUAGCAUUGAGGAGAAAGAUAAGGACCCUGAGCAGACAAAUGCAAUUGAACAGCUUGACCUUACCAGUUCUUGCAAACAAUCAGAACAAGUUGAUUAUCUCUUCACAGCAGUGUUCUCUGAAAAGCCCUCAGACGAAGAAACCAAUAUAAAGGUACAGGAAGAGAAUGUCCCUGAGAGUCAUGAAGCUGUGGAUAAAGAACCAGCCAUUUUUUCCACCUCUGAGAAGGAAAUAGGCAAUACAAUAGACUUCAAUGUAUCAGACAAUGGUUCCUUAUCAAAUUUAAACCUUGAAAGAGAAUCUCCAAGUAGCAUCUGUCAGAACUGCACAGAAGACUCUCCAGGAAUUAUAGAGAAUAUUGUUGUCUCUAAUGCUUUGCCCACUAAAAUAUCAGAAUUGACAGUCUUGGAUAAUACUCCUGAUUCAAUAGUUGAUGAUCAUCAACAAAAAGUUCCUUUCUCCACUGUGUCUGAGGAGAUUUCUCAGAAGAGAAUCCAAAGGCAUUCUCAGCCCAAGUCUCAGGAUUUAAUACCAGCACAAAAUGGGAUUUGUCUUGAGGACAUGUUCACUGACAAGGCACGCAGUAUUCCUGUGAGUAAUUCUGGGACUACUGAGAGUUCUGUAACCAUGGAAGUUUCCCUUAGCAAUAAUAGUGCAAAUCUUGAUGACCAAAGCAAAGUUAUUUGUAAUGUUGAAGUGGGUACUUCAAGACAAUACAAUGAGAAAGCAGGUGAUGCAUUUGAAAGUCAAAAUUUUUUUGAAAUAUCCCAGGCAUCUGAAAAUAUGAAAACAUCUGAAAUAAAGUUAAGUGAUCAUGACACUACAGCUCCAAGUGAUACCACUGUCAGAGAGGAGGCAAUGUCUUCUGUGCAAGGUGGUUCCUCAGAACCAGAUUCAACAGAUAAAGAGAAACAGAUCUUGAAGCCAUCUAGCCCUCUUGUGUUUCCCCAUGAUGAAGACUCCAUGAUGCUUACCCUGAGGAACCUCAGAGUUAUUCCAGAACCAAUUAGCCCUCUCACAAGCCCAGUCCGUCAGGUGAAAAAUGUACAGCCUCAACGUGCUGACAAGCAACCACAUGUCAAGAGUCUUAGCAAAGACCUCUCUACCACAACAAGUGGCGGUGAUAAAGACAGUGUGAAUAUGGACAUGAACAAAGAAAAUGAGUCGCCUGACUCCUCUGUCACACCUACUUCCCAUAAAGGGACAAAAGACGGCCUCUCAGCUAGUGGAACUGAGCAAGAAGAGCUGGAGGAUGGUGAGAUAGUGAGUGAGAGUGAAGAAGAGGGACCUCUGUUUAUCCAGACUCCUCCAAGAGAACAGGACAAAUCAACCUCAGGGACUCAUCCAAGUCCCAGGAUAAAUGCAGGUGGGAAAAGAGUGUCCCAAAAGAAAUCUAAGGUCCCUACUAAAUCUGCUGAGCAAACAAAGAGCCCAAUGACUGCUGCUGCUGAUGGCAGUCCCACUUCAAGUAAGAGACGCUUUAAAACUGUCAGCCCACCAUUAAAAGCAGCAGUCCAUACCUUAGAUGAAUUCAUGGGCAUGUUAGCAACCAUUCGAGUUGAGCUGAGGAAAAAGUACAUGAAGCUUCACAGAAAUGUCACCAAGACUGCCUUCUGCUGUAUUGUGGAUAUGUCUCAUGCCUCUUUUACAGAAUUCAUCGAUUCUGUUGACUUGGACAAAUUGGGCUGCCAGGGUAAUGACAUCAAAGUUAGACUUAAUGAGAUUAUAUCUUCUAUCAUGAGCAAGGUCACCAAGAAUGGUAUUGUCAAUCGUAUCUUUGAGCAGAGAGCUGGAGACCUCAAGCAGAAGUUGUGGACAUUUGUGAAUGGGCAGUUUGAUUUCUUGUUCAAGGAACUGAAGGCAGCCCUUAAAAAUGGGUCUGAGCCAUCUGUGAAUGCAUGCUCAUCUGAACAUAAAAGUACAACUCUUAAGGGAAAAGGGUUUGAAAGUGAGGUUAAAAAAGAGCUGUUUAGCACAUCUGUUCACAGGGUCAGGAAAGCUAAAGUUGACACUGGAAAUUGUGGCAAAGAGGCCCCUACAAAUAAUCUUCCCCACAGGGGCCUUGGUAGCAGGGGUAAAAAUAUUAAAGCAAGCAUGACAGAAGACGAUCAGCCGGCAAAGAUGACAUUGCAACAACUUCCUAGCUCAUCGUCUGAAAAUUCUGCCUCUGAAAGUACCUCUGGAUCUGAGAAUAAAAUCUCUUCCUAUGUCCGUCGUCUCUCUCAUAAUGGAUCAGCACAGGAUAGGUCAGACUUUGAAAUUCUCACAGAGCAGCAAGCAUCAAGCUUGACCUUUAACUUGGUCUCUGACUCUCAAAUGGGAGAGAUAUUCAAGUGCCUUUUGCAAGGGUCUGAUUUGCUUGAUCCCAGCAUUCCAGUAGGGGACAAUCAGAGCUGGCCAGUCAGUACCCCCCGAAAGGAAGGACUUCCAGGAGAGAGUUUGAUUGGGAUUAUGACCCCCAACAAGACAACCCCAUCUAAAUUCAUAACAUCCUGGUCUUCCAUUUCCCCUUACAAGUUUGCUUCUAACAGCAAAAUGCUGGUAGAUCCAGCAAUUCUUGAUGAGAGCUGCUUAUUAGAAGUCCCCUCUAAUUCUGAACCAUCCCAGGUUCCUUUUCAAUCAUCUGUAAUAUCUCAGAGAUCCUUUUCUAUUUUGGCAGAAGAUCUAGCUGUGUCCCUUACCAUUCCCUCACCUCUGAAGUCAGAUAGUCACUUGAGUUUCUUGCACCCUGGAACUGGUCAGCCAUUGUCUGCCCCAAAUAGUGUCCUUAGUGCCCAUUACAGUGAAGAUGCUCUUCUAGACGGAGAAGAUGCCACAGAGCAGGACAUCCACCUUUCUCUGGAUACGGACAACUCCAGUUGUGGGUCGAGUCCCAGCAGAACUUGGGAGGGUUCUGAUCCAUGUGGUUUCCAGUUCAAACCCAAUUUACCAAUGCAGGCUGAGGUAAUGGAGAGGUCAAAUGAUCAUUUCAUUGUGCGAAUAAGACAUACAUCUACUACUAGCCCAAUCGAAUGUAAUCAAAAUGAAGGAAAAAGAGAGCCAGCAUUAGAUGAAGGUCCAGAGCCAUCUUUGGAGCCUAACCUCUCUCUUACUACACAUAAUGACAUAGGCUCUGCCUCUGGAGAGACAGACAAAAGCCCAGCCAAGGCAACUGUGUUAUGUGACAUUUCAGAUAAAGGAAUAGAAGCUCGACCUUCAAGCCGAAUAUCCCCAUCUGAAGGUGUCUGUAAUGACAGCUUGUUUGGUCUAUCCAAUGUGCAGCAUGUUUCCAAAGAAGCAUGUGUUACUGUUCUUGAGGCAAGCAGUGCAACAGAGCCUGAAACAACAGAGAAGGUGUCAGGAAAUGCAAGGAGCACCACUCGGAGCCAAAGUGCACCAGAGGCUGGAACGGAGGGGGUUUCAAGGAAACGCAAGGGACAUCACUCGGAGCCAAAGGCAAAGCAUUCCAAAAUGGAGAAAUCCCAAGAUAAACGGCACAAGUCCAGGCAUAAAAAGAGGUCAAAAUUACCCAAAGAAAAAGGCUCAAAAACUGCAGUUACUCAGGUGUCCCCUAGCAGCCUGUCAGCUAAGAAUGUAAUCAGGAAGAAAGGGGAAGUGGUGGUGACAUGGACUAGGGAUGAAGACCGGGAUAUUCUCAUCGAGCUGAAAAUGAAAGGUGCUUCACCCAAGACUUUUGCUGUUCUUUCAAAGAAGUUAAAGAAGUCAACAGAACAGAUUGAGGAGAGAUUCACCCAGUUGAUGAAGCUGUUCAAGAAGAAAGAGAAAAUGAUUAACUGAUUUAAAAAGACAAAAAGACUCUCUAGCUAAUGCACAUAUAGUAAUAGACUAUGGAAGGAAACAUAAAAGUAUCUGAAAAUUGGAUGGUAACAAAUGUGUAAAUGUUGACCUGUUUGAAAAAGCACUUACAAUUGCAACCCACAAAAAAAAAUCUGCAGUAAACAGUAUAAAGUGGACUUCUUAGCACCUCUUUUUUUUUUCCUUUGGUUAACAUUGUGUUCUCAGAUCACCAAAAUUCAUAAAUUACUACACCGCAUACAUUGAUUUGGUUUGAUCCUAAUAUUUUUUUAACCCCAAAUAUAUUUAUUAAACAGAGAACCAUAAGCAGUGUGGUCUAUUCUGAAAUUUAACUUGCAUACUCUUGGUGAAAGAUAUAAAGAUACAGCUAGUCAAAGCAGAUAAAUUGGUUUAUAGUGUUUUCUGUGCAUAAAACCCUGUAUAUAACAUUUUCAUCUAUUAUAUUUUGGUAAGUUUGUGAUUGCACAAAGUACUGCAGUUGCUGACCAUUUUUAUUCAAUGAAAUGAGCAGCAAAAAAUAAGUAUUUGAAGAACAUGACUUGAAUUAUGUUUUGUAAUUACUUAAAGUUACUAAAUUGUAAAAAGUUUUGCAGAGUUCAAAAUGCCUUUUUUAAGACCUACCUCUGAAGAAAACAACUGCUUUUAAAAUGUUGACAUAAAUGGUUGUAAAUCUAAAUGGUUUUAUAUCUUUUGUAAUGUGAAUGAGGUUGAUAUCAGUCACAGGUUUCUGAAUAUAGAGACAGAAAAAAACCUGUCAGUGUCACUUUGUUUUGUAAUGGUCCAAAUUUGAAUUUACAGUCUUUGUUCCAUCAGUCAUUUUGAUUUUAUAACUUAUGAGUAACAAGUUUUUGUUGCUUCAUAGCAAUUGAAUGAAGGGAUUGUUCCCGUGUGUGUGUGUGUGUGUGUAAAGUGGAAUUAAACUGAAAGAUUUUUUAUGUAUUAACAAACUGCAACAUUUCUUUGUUUUUUCACCUUUUCCCAAAAAUAGAGAAACCUUGAUGUGGGAAAAGUACCUUUUUGAAACUUGUUUUGUAAAUAUUGUAAGUUCUGAUAAACCUUUUAAUUUUUUGAAAUAAAGCAUAUUUAUUUAAAGAAGGAAGUCCUUUUUGAGACACAAAUUGC